ACACAUAAUACGUACAUAUAUAUCUCUCUUUCAUUAUUCUCUAGCUAUAUUCUCUAGCUUACCAUCUUCCACCAUUUCCCCCUUUCCAUGGUUACCCUUACUCACCUUCACAAAUGCCUUCCUUCUUUUCCAUCUUCCAUCCCCGGAACACCACUACUCCCGUCUGCUCCGACGAGCUUGAAAUCGACGAAAACAACCCCAUUUCCAACACAACCGAAUGCUACGCUUGCACGCAAGUAGGAGUGCCUGCUUUCCACUCCACCAGCUGCGACCACGCCCAUCAGCCCUUAUGGGAAGCCUCAGCAGGCUCCUCCCUCAUUCCCAUAAGGGACCGACCAGGUUCCAAAAUAGUACCAAACCGGUCCCUCACAGAGGAUCGCAGGCGCGGCUCAGCCAGUACUUUCCUGAGCCGCGUCUACGAUCCAAGGAGUAAAAAAGUCCAAAGAUGGAACAGAUUCAUAUUAUUGGCACGUGGGCUGGCUUUAGCUGUCGACCCAUUGUUUUUCUACACUUUAUCAAUAGGACGUGGUGGGUUCCCAUGUCUAUACAUGGAUGGUGCAUUAGCUGCUGUGGUGGCAGUGUUACGGACGUUGGUUGAUGGAGUUCAUUUGAUACACAUGUGGUUGCAGUUUAGGGUUGCUUACGUGUCACGUGAGUCACUUGUGGUUGGAUGUGGAAAGCUUGUUUGGGAUCCAAAGGCUAUCUCUUCGCAUUAUUUGAGGUCAAUCAAAGGUUUUUGGUACGAUGCAUUUGUCAUAUUACCGGUCCCACAGGCAGUGUUUUGGCUAGUGGUGCCACGGUUAAUACGUGAAGAGCGCAUAAAGGCAAUAAUGACCACCCUUUUGCUGCUUUUCGUUUUCCAAUUCUUACCCAAAGUCUACCACUCGAUCUCGCUAAUGAGAAGGAUGGCAAAAGUCACUGGCUACAUCUUUGGCACCAUUUGGUGGGGUUUUGCACUUAAUCUCAUCGCCUACUUUAUCGCUUCUCAUGUUGCGGGUGGAUGUUGGUAUGUUUUGGCGAUACAACGAGUGGUUUUGUGCCUAAGGCAACAAUGUAAUAGGAAAAGUGUUUGUAAUCUAGCUUUGUCUUGUGCCGAUGAGGUUUGCUACCAGUUUAAGUUGCCACAGGGGACAUUCAGUAAUCGUUGUGCAGGAAACACCACUAUGGGUAUAGUUACAAAGCCGUUGUGUUUAGAAGUGAACGGGCCAUACCACUAUGGCAUUUACAGAUGGGCACUUCCAGUUAUAUCUAGCAACUCGCUCACGGUUAAAGUUCUUUAUCCCAUCUUUUGGGGUCUUAUGAGCCUUAGUACAUUUGGAAAUGAUCUUGAACCCACUAGUCACUGGGUGGAAGUGAUCUUUAGUAUUUGUGUUGUGUUAAGCGGCUUGAUGCUCUUCACGUUAUUGAUCGGUAAUAUUCAGGUAUUCUUGCAUGCUGUUAUGGCAAAAAAGAGAAAAAUGCAACUUAGAUGUCGAGAUAUGGAAUGGUGGAUGAAGAGGAGACAAUUACCAUCGCUUCUUAGACAGAGAGUUCGUCAUUAUGAACGUCAAAAUUGGGCGGUGAUGGGAGGUGCAGAUGAAAUGGAAUUGAUUAAAGACCUGCCAGAAGGCCUUCGACGUGAUAUCAAACGUUUUCUCUGCCUGGAUCUGGUCCGGAUGGUGCCAUUGUUCCACAAUUUAGACAACUUAAUACUGGACAACAUUUGUGAUCGUGUUAAACCACUAGUAUUCUCAAAGGAUGAAAAGAUCAUACGAGAAGGGGAUCCAGUUCAAAGAAUGGUGUUUAUAGUUCAAGGACGCGUAAAAAGUAGCCAAAAUUUAAGUAAAGGAGUGGUUGCAACAAGUAUACUAGACCCAGGAGGCUACUUAGGCGAUGAGCUUUUAUCCUGGUGCCUGAGGAGACCCUUUAUAAACCGGCUUCCUGCAUCUUCUGCUACCUUUACUUGUUUGGAGCCUACGGAAGCGUUUGGGCUUGAUGCCAAUCAUCUCCGCUAUGUAACUGAUCAUUUCCGUUACAAAUUUGCAAAUGAGAGGUUGAAGCGGACAGUGAGAUAUUACUCAUCCAAUUGGAGGACUUGGGCUGCAGUGAACAUACAGUUGGGGUGGAGACGGUAUGUGACAAGGGUGCGGCAGACGAUGAAUCGUGUGACGGAAGAGGAUCGUUGCAGUGACCGGAUGCUCAGGCAAUAUGCUGCCAUUUUCAUGUCCAUUAGACCCCAUGAUCAUCUUGAAUAAAGCCGUCCCGUUGAACUUGUUACUCUUGUAAUACUUGCCACCAUUGCCAGUGCUACAUUUUCAUUAUUCUAAUAACAAUUGAAACAUGGAUGGAAGAUUGUCUUCUGAUCAUUCAUGUUACUCUUGCAAAGA